UCGCGGAGUUACCACGGAGGCGCGGAGCCUCCCCCGGAAACUUUCGCCCUCUAGCUUACGCGCGAACAUUAGUGCCAUUUGAAAAUGUGAAGGAUUCUAAGCAAAUAACGUUUGACUAAAAGUGGGCAAAAAUGUUGCCAUUCAAGAUGACUCUCAAAAUCACUAACUUAGUAUUUUUAUCUCUGUUCUUGCUGUAUUUCAACCCCAAAGUGAAGGGUCAAGCGACCACCAGUGAUAGCAAAAUACCGAUUGGGGUUGUCUUCGACCAGAAUACUAUUGAGAUCCAGAAUGCUUUCAAAUUCGCGAUGAUACAGCACUCAAACGCCAACAAGACCCGAUUGGAUUUUCAACUAUAUGUGGACAUCAUCAAUACGGCAGAUGCCUUCAAACUAUCCCGGCUAAUUUGCAAUCAGUUCGCACGUGGCGUGGUAGCCAUGAUGGGGGCAGUGACCCCGGAUUCCUUCGACACGCUGCACUCCUACACGAACACCUUCCAGAUGCCCUUCGUCACGCCUUGGUUCCCGGAGAAGGUUAUUCCCCCAUCUUCAGGCUUCGUGGACUACGCAGUGAGCUUGCGCCCGGACUAUCACCGAGCCGUCAUUGACACCGUCACUUAUUACGGAUGGAAAAACGUCAUCUACAUAUACGACUCCCAUGAUGGUCUCCUGCGCUUGCAACAGCUGUACCAGAGUCUGCAACCUGGGAACGCUACGUUUCGAAUUUCAAACGUGAAAAGAGUAACGAAUGCGUCCGAUGUUGUGGAGUUCCUCCGAGCAAUCGAGAGACUCGAUCGAUGGAGCAACAAAUACGUGGUACUCGACUCGACGACGCAGCUGGCUAAAGACGCGCUAAUUUUGCACGUGCGAGAUGUGCAUUUGGGAAGGCGCAAUUAUCAUUACUUCUUAAGUGGCUUGGUGAUGGACGACCGGUGGGAGAAAGAGGUCACAGAAUUUGGCGCUGUUAACAUCACCGGUUUUAGACUCCUGGACUUUUCUCGGAAAAUCGUCAGGGAAUUCAUUGAUGUUUCGAAAGUUGAUGCCGUUUCUUCCCAGGCAGCACUGAUGUACGACGCAGUCCAAGUACUAGUUGACGCGAUCAUCCGUCUCAUGCGAAAGAAGCCAGAUAUCUUACGAAGCACCUUGAGGAGGAAUGCUAACCUAAAUUCCAGCAAGAUCUUGGACUGUAAUCCAAAGGGGAAAGUAGUCUCGCCAUAUGAACACGGCGACAAAAUUUCCAGAAUGAUAAAAAAGACGGAGAUAGUUGGAUUGUCCGGCAACAUCAGAUUUAACGAACUGGGCCAUCGCAAGAACUUCUCCCUUCAAGUAAUGGAGUUGACCGUCGAAGGCGACAUGGUGAAGAUUGCAACAUGGUACGAUGAUAAAGGGCUUAUCCCUGUUGGUAGCAAGUAUUCUAAAUCACAAUCGAAUGUAGCGGAACCAUACAACAGGAACAAGACUUAUAUUGUUUCGACCAUCGAGGAGCCCCCUUACGUAAUGAGGCAGGGCGCGGAGUCCGGGACUAACGACCCAUUCACCGGCUUCUGUGUGGAUCUGACCGAAAUACUCGCUCAGAAGUUGGAAAUCAAAUAUGAUCUUAGACUUGUUAAAGAUGGCAAAUACGGUCGUGAAAACCCGAAGAUAGUAGGUGGCUGGGACGGAAUGAUUGGUGAAAUACUAAGAAAGGAAGCCGACAUAGUGAUAGCCCCUUUGACUGUGACCAUGGAGCGGGAAUCAGUGGUGGACUUUAGCAAACCAUUCCUCUCCUUUGACGUGAAGCCAACCGCCAAACCUGCAAAACUUAGCACAUCGAUAUUUAGCUUCCUCCACCCACUGUCAAAAGAAAUAUGGCUAUGCAUCCUGUUUGCUAUUUUUGCCGUAAGCGUGAUAUUAUUCAUCGUGUCGAGGUUCUCACCAUAUGAAUGGAAAUUGGUGUCAUACUCAGACUCGCAAACUACUGAUCAAGAUGUCGCUACAUCCAAGACGACAGUUAUAAAUGAAUUCAGUUUCUGGAAUUCUGUGUGGUUCUCCGUAGGAUCGUUUAUGCAGCAGGGCAGUGAUCUCUCUCCAAGAUCUCCGUCGGGAAGAAUUGUUGGCACGGUGUGGUGGUUCUUCACGUUUGUUGUGAUAUCGUCCUACACCGCAAAUUUGGCGUCCUACCUAACGCUUGCCAGGAUCACGGAGCCCACUCAAUCAUACGAGAAAAUCGCUACAUGCCCCGAGGAUACUCCAGAAGUCCAUAAAGCUGUUGCUGUCCAAGAAGAAGCGGUUGAUGAACACGGUUGGUUGGCCUACCUGUUGGACCGGUCGAGCGCGGUGGUCGGCGUCGGCUCGAGCUCGGAACUUGCUGGCAAACCCUGCGAGAUGCAUGUCUCGAUCGCCACCACAGGCGUUAAAGACUUUGCGAUCGCGCUGCCCAAAGGAUCCCAAAUGAGGGAUGGAGUUAAUUUAGCUUUGCAGGAAAUGAAAAAAGACGGAGAAUUGCAAGCGUUAAUUAGAAAAUGGUUUACGAAAACUGAAUGUAGUAUGACGGAUCCGUCAAUACACGGCAACGAGUUAACACUGAGUCAGGUAGCUGGAAUAUUCUAUAUGCUGAUGGUUGGUCUGAUGCUGGCUCUAUUUGUCGCCCUGGUAGAAUUUUGCCAAAACGGAAAGGCUGAAGCGGCCCGUAACAAUGUGCCCCUGGGAGCUGCACUGAGGGCGAAGACCCGCUUGGGCUCUCGAGUUAAGAGGAAGAAUGGAUCACAACGCACGCCGCAACGAGACCAAGACCGCCUGGGAUGGAACGGGGGAGCUUUCGGCCAAUACUACACGCCGGCCAACCAAAUCGGCCAAGAGGAGACGGCGUUGCAUGCCAGUUUCACGCAAGUCUGAUCUUCAAGCCGGGACACCGGCACCAUCCGCCGGCCGUCCCACUCGAAACAGCUGUCAGCCUCCAUGGACCUCUACCAGCUGUAAGAACAAGGCGUUAUUGCUCCAUAGCCCUCCGUUGGUUUGACGCCCGUCGACGGACAACGCAGAAAUUGUAUACAGUUUCAACGUACGUCAAGGCGUGUCACUGUCAAAAUCUAUAGAAAACAAUUGAACACAACGGACAGGCUUCGUGCUACAUCCACGCAACGGAGCACGGCCUACACUGCUUCAACAAUAAUAAAUACUAUAUACUGUGUUCCAAUUUUAAAUUUGAGGACUGUCCUUUGAUUUUGAACUGUACCCAUGGACUUAGUAGGAACUCCGGAAGUACUUAUUAAAUCCAUGACUAUACCAUGUUCGAAUUCCAAUUCAUCUAGUAAAUUCCGUUUUCAUUUUAAUUUCGUCGUGGCUUGGAACUUCAAACCACUGACCGCUUCUUCAGAAAUUAUUUCCGAACAGCAAAUCAAUUUCACCAAAUUGGUAACGUAAGAAAGCAGAAUACCAAAAGUGAGUUAUUUGUUAUUCAACACAAUCUGAAGUUUCAAAAACUUCUUGCAACUAUGAAAUUGUAUUAUUUGCAUUCAUUGAUCAACUUGUUACAUUGAUCAACAGCUAAUUAACUUGUUUAUUGUGGAAUUUUGAACUUUGAUUUUGAUAUCUUAAUUUACAGUUUCAAAACACUCUACUUUAUAAGAAGUUAGUUCGGUACUUUCAAAUAUCUGACAAAAAAUUGAGUGUUCCCAAAGUUUUCUGUUACGAACUACCAUAAGAUUCUUAUACUUCAUUUUUUCAAUCUCUCUCAUUUUUUUCUGUUUUUAAAGCUUGGUACCUUACGAGUACCAAGUGAGUAGAUGAGUAUCAGGGUCUUUUAAUACAUGUUUAGUGGGUAAACAUGUUCAAUUAGACAACAUGUAUAGUCAUAUAAUUCUAUAGUAUUAACCUAAUAGUAGGUAGUCAAAAAAUGUUUUAAAAUGGAAAAAAAAAUAAAGUAAGGCACCGCUCAGUAUUAAUACGGGGUGUGUAUUACUUCCGUUGUUAGUAUAAAUUCCUAAUCGUAAAUUAUUAGGUACCUUAUAGAAUAUACUUAUUGACUUCGUGUACCAAAACAUAGAAACCGAAAAAAAAUGUGUAUUAAAUAUACGUGUCUGAAUAAUCCAUAAAUGUUUUAAAAUACAUCCAGGUCAUUAAAAUGCCCACCAUAUUUAUGUAGAGAUUCAAAGUAGUUAUAGAUUUGUAGAUUAAUUUUAUUUAUGAAUCUGUAUCUGUUAUCACAACGGUUUUGUGGGAACCAUUUAAAUUAAAAUACCUCUAUCCAAAUAUAGGUCGUCUGAAAUAAACUCCCCUGAACUGCCAGGGUACACUAUCGCCGAAGAAUUCAUUACAUUGCUGGUUUUCCAGAGCUUUGCAUCAAAAGCUCAAAUACAAUCUACGAAAUACAUGUUGAUUUGUAGGUAUUCUCGCCCAUCGGAGUUUGCCGAUAGUGUAUCUGGCAUACCAUUUACGUUUAUCUAGACAGUGUGAGCAAAGGAAAACCAGUCGGUAUAAGAUUGUGGACAAGCAUCAGAGAGGCGUUGAUUUUUUGACUGCUCACAUUGCAAUUACAUAGACACCUAUUCAAAUCUUACAAUUUACGUACCUAAAUGUACUUGUCUGAUUCUAAACUAUAAUAUUAUAAAUUUAAUGUGUGAUAAUUAUAAAUUUUAGAUAAUAUUAUCAUUAGAAUUUAUAUAGUCUAAAUGUAAUAAGGUAUUACCGGCGUUAAAAGUCUCCACCUUUGAUAUUUUAUUUCACAAUUUAUAUUUUAACGAAUAAUAAUUUAUAUAAAUCUUUGAAACUGUUACUGUCUUAUCUUAAAAUAUUAAUUAUGUUAUGAAAUUCGGAUUUUAUCCACAUGAUGUUGAUUUGUGAUGUGACUUAUUUUUUCAUUUUCUUUAUUAUUAGGUCUUCGAGUUUCGCAACUCUUCACUCAGUCUAUCCCGCAAGAGAAAUGGCUUGAUUCUGUAGAUACAGAUGUUUAUUCUAUUUUACUCAAUGUCGUAAAACUUCUCGGAAACCUGUUGUUAACCAGAGCUUCAGCAUUGUCUGACUGUUUAAAUUCUCCAGCCUUAAUAAUAUUAAGAUAUUGCCAAAGGCAUAUUGAAUCAUAUCAACAACUUCAAAGUAAUGCGUCUUAACAUAAUUUACGUUGACUUUUCUACAUACUUAUUCAUCUUUCAUGGUAAUUAGCUUCGUAAAAUUAAUUAUGUUUCCGUCCUCUGUCACUUAUUUCGCCAUUAUAUUAUUCUCAUUGGCUAAGAUUGUUUGUGCCAAAAAAAGUGUUUGUUAUUUUUUAUAUAAGGGCGCCAAUAAAAUUAUUAUUGGAUGUGUUAAAGUUUUUGACAAAUGCGGAGACGUCCGUCCCUCAGUGAAGGCUGAACUGUCCCGGUUUGGUGUUAAAUGCUUGUGAAAUUAACAUUUGGAUUUUUAUAUUGGAUUAUAACCUGAAAGUGUUAAGAGAUCUAAUUUCUUAUGACAACACAGAAAUCGGAUAAAAUAUGACUGGGCGGAUAAUGAAUGAUUGGACUUUUAGAACAGUCAAAUGUAAUACGAGUAUAUUGAAAUAAAAAUCUGCCCAAGAUUUUAGAAAGCUAACUGUAUGUUAAUAUCGAAUAUAAUAUAUAAAGUACAGGGCAGUAUAGUACUUAAUUUGUAUAUCUUCGGAUAUCAUUGGAGGUAUUCGAGGUUAUAAAAUGAAUAAAUAAAUAUUGUUGAAAUGAGUUCGCGAUGAAUCAGCUUGUUUGUAAUAAGCAGCAAAACAAGUUAUGGAUACUUAAUUCACUAGAAUCCUUUGAUACCAAUGCGGGUUGCGAACAACAUUUCGUCGCAGUACCUGUUAUACUCCCAUUUUUCCAUUGCACAAAACCGAAUAACAUUUAAAAAUCAAAAAUGAAAAAAAUUUUGUCGAUCAAGUAAAUUUUAAUUACGAAAGUAUUGCCGGUCAGCUGCCUACCCAGUCCCUUAGUCACCUUUCAGGACAUUCACGAGAGGAUAUAGUAUGGUCCUAUUCUAAGGCGUCCAACUACACGCCACGACUCCUGAAAGUACUUUAGGCGUAUUGCUGUGUAUAUAUAUAUACAUAUAUUUUAAAUUGCCCGAGAGGAACCCCGAAAUAGAAAAUCUCUUUCAGUGUUUAAAAUAUAGAAAAUGUUACACUCAUAAUAAACAGUUAAAUGGAUUCGAGUGAAUUAAGUGACCUGUGGAUUUGAUAUUUAUUCGCUAAGCGAUGGUGUCACUACACAUUCAUAUACAAUCAUUUAUUGCCAUUCUUAUACCAUUAUCACAUAAGUAUUAUUAAGUUAAUAUUAUUCUUCGAAUGACUGAUUUACAUAAUCGUUUCAUUAACGUAGUGCAUAGUUUUAAGAUAUAUUUUAAUAUUUUGACGUCACGUCAUCUUAACUAAUAUUAAGGGUCCUAAAUGAUAAAUAUAAUUGUAUUGAAAAUUAAUGAUACAUUUCAAUCAGUGUCUGCUCAUUUGGUGUAAUACUUAUUCAAAUAGUGAUGCGAUUGUCAUCAUUUAAAUAUGAAUGUUAUAAUAAACCACAAUAACUACA